AAAUCGCUAACACCAAUAUAUUGUGACCCCAAGUGCGUUUGGCUUCAUUGAUAUGGGGGAGGAAGCAGCAUCUUCGUCGUCAAAUCGGCCGUCGAUAGGGUUUCCUCUUGGAGUAGCUCUUCUUCUGAUCUUUUUGUUAUGCAUGAGUACCCUUUUAAGUUGCUGGCUCAAGUGGCAUGAGCUUAGGAGACUCCUCUGGUCCUCCGGCGAGGAAGACGACGACGGUAGUACUGUUCAAAUUGAUAUCGCUACUUUACCGGUGGCAACCACCGUAGGGCCAUAUCCUGUCGAGAAGCCGGUUGUCGACGUCACUGAAGACGAAGGGCGGAAUAGGCCGGUUUUGAUGCCGGGAGAUCGGGUUCCGAAGUUCAUAGCCAUAGCUUGUCCUUAUGAGCGCGCCGCCGAUGGUGGAAAGGUUUACCGCAAAAGUACAGAAACCGUAAACUUUUUCGGCCGUGGCACUGUACAUAUCGUAAUGGAUCAUGAAUCCAUCCUGCCGUAGAGAAUUAUGGCAAGACGAAAGCUUAAUUGUAUAUGAUGUCACAGAAUUGCUAUACAAAAAGAAAAAACGUAGGAUAAUAAUAUAUUAAUUGUAGAUGA